AAGUUAAUUGUGCCGCUUUAAAGUGAAAAAAAAAUUAAACAAAAAAAAAAAUUAAAAUAAAUCGACAAUCAUGAACGGAUACCAUACAAACCUCCUUUUCGGCUUCUUAAUCUUCCUCAUAUCAAUCACCUCCUUCACAACUUCCAACAAGGUUUUCUACAACAGUUUCCUCACAAAAUCCUCUAUCGACCCAUGCUACGACGACAAUCGCCCCCGAAAAUGUAUGCCUGACUUUGUAAACGCCGCUUUUGGUCAACCUAUAGAAGCUUCUUCGGUUUGUGGGUCUCGCGGCGCCCAACAAUUCUGUGACAUUGGCACGAAUCGACAAAAUUGCGAUUCAUGCGACAAUUCUGUACCGGGAAAAAGUUAUCCUGCUACCGCAUUGACGGAUGUUCAUAAUUCGAAUAACGUUACUUGUUGGCGUUCGGAGCCACGAUUAAAAAAUUUGGCAGAUGUCACGCCUGACAAUGUUACUUUAACACUUUCGCUUGGGAAGAAGUAUGAGAUAACUUAUGUUAGUUUAACUUUUUGUCCUCAUGCCAUUCGACCUGAUAGCAUUGCCAUUUACAAAAGUAUGGAUUAUGGCAGGACUUGGGUUCCGUAUCAGUUUUAUAGCUCCCAAUGUCGAAAGCUGUAUGGAAGACCUUUCAAGAUGACGAUUACGAAGCAAAAUGAGCAAGAAGCUCGUUGUAUUGAUCACUUUAGAAGCAUUCAAGGCGACAUGUCAGGGAUUCAAAGUUCAAGAAUAGCUUUUAGUACGUUGGAAGGAAGACCUUCUGCUUCGGACUUUGAAUCGUCGCCACUUUUACAGGAUUGGGUAACAGCGACCGAUAUCAAAGUUGUCUUCCAUCGAUUGCAUAGCCCCGUGACUUAUAUCACAAAUCCCAUGUUUAAGAGCCAGAAGAGCAAAUACAGUGGCGAGUUCAUAAUUUCAAAGGAGAUGCCGACUACAGUGACGACGCAAACUUCAAAUCAGCAAACAAACAAUCCUGGAGCCAUCGCAACGACAUAUUCCUUGUCGGACUUUGCCGUUGGCGGUAGAUGUAAGUGCAACGGGCAUGCGUCGAAAUGCAUUAAGGGUCGCGACGGACAAUUAACAUGCGAUUGCAGACACAACACUGCCGGCAGAGAAUGUGAAAGAUGUAAAAUGUUUUACUACGAUCGACCAUGGGGACGUGCAACAUCUCGAGAUGCAAAUGAAUGUAAAGCUUGCAAUUGCAAUGGACACGCACGCAAGUGUCGCUUCAACAUGGAACUCUACAAGUUAUCGGGUCGCAUAUCUGGCGGUGUUUGCAUGAAUUGCAAGCACGAGACCACAGGCAGGCACUGUCACUAUUGUCGUGAGGGCUUUUAUCGUGACGCAACUAAGCCGAUGCAGCACAAGAAAGCAUGCAAACCUUGUGAUUGCCAUCCAAUUGGUUCGACCAGCAAAUCGUGCAACGCAACAACUGGCCAGUGUUAUUGCAAGGAAGGAGUAACGGGUGUCUCGUGUAAUCGUUGCGCUCGUGGCUACCAACAAAGCCGAUCUCACGUGGCUCCGUGCAUAAAAGUAUCCCGCAUUGACUUUGCCGAUAUGGCCCAAGAUACGGCACCCGAAGCAUAUCAAUAUGACUCCCAGCAUCAAGACUCAUACAAACAACCUUCGACAGCAAUGGCCACGAAACGAAACGAAUGUGGACGAUGCAAGUUGGAGGCGAAACGUUUAAAUUUGAAUAAAUUUUGCAAAAGAGAUUAUGCUGUAUUGGUAAAAGUAAUUAGUAAGAGUGCCAGUAUGGUAUCGAGGAAUGGCGCAAUUGUCGGAGCAAAGGACGACAUUCGGUACAACGUUCACAUCCAAAUUGUUUACAAAGCAGGCGACGAGGCCAAGUAUCCGAUCAAGGGAGCAUCGACGCUACUCGUGGUACCAGCGAAGGGAUUAGAAUGUCGCUGCCCGAACAUUAAAUUGAACAAAUCAUACAUUAUCCUGGGUAUGAACUCGAAAGUUGCGCCAGACCAAUUAGUAAUUACACCAAAAUCGCUAGUGAUGGAGUGGCGCGAGGACAUCAGUAGACGAUUGAGACGGUAUCAACAGAAUAAUGACUGCUAUUAAUUUAGUAUUUAAAGCGAAUGAUU